AGCGUCACGGCGUCCUUCUCACAGGAGCUGUGUUGCGUUAUGAGGCGCUCACAUGUGUUUCAAACACCAUGUAGCCACCGGGUCUCGCCGUGAAUAACACAGAUUUCACAUAAACAGGUUUAAGUCUGCGAUGCGACGACCACAAUUGGGCUGGAGAAGAUGAGCGCCACCGCGGGGGAGAAGCAAAAAAGGAGUUCGGAAGAGGCAGCUGGUCGCCGGCAGCUCUUGACGGCUUGCUCCCGCUGACCUGAGACGGCGAGAGCCGCCGCGCCGCUCCUUCAUGCGGCCGCAGAGCACCUCGGCCAAACACUGAGUGCAAUACACAGACGAGAGACCUUCACAUCCCGCCUGGGACCUGGGACGAGACAAUGGCGAGCCAGGGUGACUGCUGCGUGAAGGUUGCAUUGAGGAUACGUCCUCAGAUGGCCAAGGAGAAGAUUGAGGGCUGCCAUGUGUGCACGCUGGUCACACCCGGAGAGCCGCAAGUCCUCCUGGGAAAGGACAAGGCCUUCACUUACGACUUUGUUUUUGAUGUCGACUCUGAGCAGCAAAACAUCUACCAAGCGUGUGUGCACAAACUCAUUGAGGGCUGCUUUGAGGGCUACAAUGCCACGGUGUUUGCUUAUGGACAGACAGGCUCCGGGAAGACCUACACCAUGGGGACUGGUUUUGAUGUGAAUCUGAGCCCACUGGAGCAGGGCAUCAUCCCACGUGCUGUUCACCAGCUCUUUGAAGGCAUCGAGAUCAGGAAGGAGCACGCCAAGGAGGCUGGCACCCAGCCCCCUGAAUUUAAAGUCAGCGCCCAGUUUCUCGAGCUUUACAAUGAGGAGAUUCUGGACUUGUUUGAUGGUGCAAGAGAUCCAGACAGUCGAAGCAGGAAGUCCAACAUAAAAAUUCACGAGGAUGCUAGCGGGAGCAUCUACACCACUGGGGUCACUUCUAGACUUGUACACUCCAAGGAAGAGCUAUUGCAGUGUCUGAAGCUUGGCGCUCUGUCCCGCACCACUGCCAGCACGCAGAUGAACGCCCAAAGCUCGCGCUCACACGCUAUCUUCACCAUCCACCUCUGUCAGAUGAGAGUCUGCCAACCGCUACAAAUGCCCAAUGGAGAGGAGGACACGGAAGAAUUAAAUGGUGUGGACUCAAGCGCCAUCGAACAACCCGAGUUUGAAGCUCUGAUGGCCAAGUUCCACUUUGUGGACCUGGCUGGUUCUGAGAGGCUCAAACGCACUGGGGCUACCGGAGAGCGAGCCCGUGAGGGAAUUUCCAUUAACUGCGGACUGUUGGCCUUGGGAAAUGUCAUCAGUGCUCUAGGCGAUCAGACCAAGAAAGGCGGCCACGUCCCCUACAGAGACUCCAAACUCACUCGGCUGCUACAGGACUCAUUAGGAGGCAACAGUCGUACAGUGAUGAUCGCCUGCGUCAGUCCGUCUGACCGUGACUUCAUGGAGACCCUGAACACGCUGAAGUACGCCAACCGGGCCCGUAACAUCAAGAACAAGGUGGUGGUGAACCAAGACAAGACUAGCCAGCAGAUCAGCGCCCUGCGUGCUGAGAUAGCCCGCCUUCAGAUGGAGCUGAUGGAGUACAAGGCGGGGAAGCGUGUGGCAUGUGAGGACGGUUCGGAGGGUUACAGCGACCUGUACCAGGAGAAUGCCAUGUUCCAAAGAGAGAAUGAUACACUGCGCCUCAGGGUGAAGGCCAUGCAGGAGACCAUCGACCAUCUCAACACGCGAGUAACACAUCUGUUGGCCAAUGAGGUCAGCGUGCUGCUCACCAAGUCAAGUGAGGGCAACCAGGAGAUUGGGGCUCUAAUUCAGAACUACAUCCGAGAAAUUGAAGAACUCAGAUCCAAACUUCUGGAGAGUGAGGCCAUGAACGAAUCUUUGCGACGUCAGGCUGCUCGGCUGUCCUUUCGUGUUCCCUUCCCCUCUUCGGCUCUCAACCCCGCCCCCGGUCACCCUCCCGGCUCCUCCCCUGUAGUCAUGUCCAUGGAGGCGGAGAUGACGGAUGUGUUGCGUCGAGCCAAGCUGGACAUCGAGAGGCUGAAGAAGAAGGAGAGGAGGCAGAGGAGGAUGAGUCCAGAGUUGGAGAAAGGUUUGAAAAAACGAGUGAAAUUACACACCCACGAGAACGGAAACACCGGGCAGAACGGACAGAAUGGAGAUGUCGAUUCAGAUGACAAUUACAUUGAGGACAUCAUGUCUCCAUUGCAGGAAGAGAGUGGUUGCGAUGAGGAGGAGGAGGAGGAGGAAGAGGAGGAAGGGCGAGAGGAAGACGAAGAGUUCGACACCGAUGAGAGCCUGGUGGACUCAGACUCAGACACUGAUGAGAAAGCCAACUUCCAGGCCGACCUUGCCGAUCUGACAUGUGAGAUCGAGAUCAAGCAGAAGUUAAUAGAUGAGCUGGAGAACAGCCAGCGGAGGCUUCUGAUGCUGAAGCUCCAGUACGAGGAGAAGCUUAUCCUGCUGCAGAACAAGAUUCGAGACACACAACUGGAGAGGGACCGUGUGCUGCAGAACCUCAUGUCCAUGGAGAACUACACAGAGGAGAAGGCUAACCGCAUAAAGCAGGAGUAUGAGAAACGUCUUAAGGAGAUGAACCGUGAUCUUCUAAAGCUCCAAGCUGCACAGAAGGAACACACACGUCUCCUUAAAAACCAGGGCAAGUAUGAACGGGAGCUGAAGAUCCUCCAAUCCGAGGUCAAUGAGAUGAAGAAAGCCAAAGUGGCGCUGAUGAAGCAAAUGAAGGAGGAGCAGCAGAGGAGGAGGUUGGUGGAGGCCAAGAAGAGCCGUGAGAUUGCCCAGCUCAAGAAAGAGCAGCGUCGGCAAGAGUUUCAGAUCCGGGCGCUAGAGUCCCAGAAGCGGCAGCAGGAAUUGGUGCUUCGUAGGAAAACUCAGGAAGUAACCGCCCUGCGCAGGCUGGCUAAACCCAUGUCGGACCGCGUGGCCGGACGCGUGGCUCGCUGGAACCAGACUCCACCGGUUACCGACUCUGGAGCAGAGUUGUCUGCCAGCACUGCAGCGAGCAGCUCCGAAACCGAGAGCGGGAGGACUGUGAGCGGGCUAGUGCGGCAGUGGAACAACAAAAACAAUACAUAUGGCUAUUUGGGUGAAAGCGAGGGUAGCAUGGAUGGAACACGGGUCAUUGGCAGCAGGAAGAAGCUGCAGCGCAAUCCGGUGGGCCUGGUCGGCACUGCAGCAGGCCGAGCCGGAAGUUUCUCCAAGACGGCCCGGCAGAAGUGGCAAGCUCUGGAGCGUCGUGUCAUGGAUAUCGUCAUGCAGAGAAUGACCAUUGCUAAUGUGGAAGCUGACAUGGACCGACUCAUAAAGAAGCGAGAGGAGCUGACAGCUCAGGAAGAGGCGCUCUCACACAAGAGGGAGGUAUUAAUGGCCGAAGGCGAGGGCCCAGAAGCAGAGGACCGCCUCCUUCUGGAGAUCAGUGAGGAUAUCGAGGUGCUGAACGCCAAUAUCGACUACAUAAAUGACAGCCUGUCUGACUGCCAAGCCACCAUUGUGCAGAUAGAAGAGACAAAGGAUGAAUUGGACUCAGUGGACACCUCAGUAGUGAUCAGCUCAUGUUCCCUGGCUGAAGCACGCCACCUGCUGGAUCAUUUUCUUAAGGCCUCCAUUGACAAGAGUUUACAGGUGGCUCAGAAGGAGAGUCAGAUCAGACUGCUGGAGGGUCAGCUCAGACAGACGGAUGUGAUUGGUUCAUCCCAAAAUCACAUGAUCCUUGACGCCCUGCGAGAAAAGGCAGAGUGCAUCCCUGAACUCCAGGCUCUCAUCCACAAUGUCCAGCAGGAGAAUGGCUACACCAGCACAGACGAAGAACCGUCUGAGUUUAGUCAAGCCUCCGACAACAGUGUCUCUCUCAUGAAAGAAUCCAACAGCCAAGAUGAUUUCAAAAUAAAGAUGGAGCCUCGUCUGUCAGCUCAGAUGAAGGCGGUGUCGGCCGAGUAUCUGGGUCCCGCCCUGGAGGCCUCGUCGAGCGGCAAGCAACAGCAAUUCACCAAGUCUCUGGCGUCGCUCACCGAUAUCCGGGAGGACGGUCAGAGCACGGCCACUGCGAGCCUCGGUCUGGGCCUAUCGCUACGUGACCCCUACCUCAGGGAACGUGCAUCACGCACCAUGAGCUUACCUAUCCGAGGACACACCUUUCCCAGGCAGUCGCGGGGCUACGACACCUCUCCCAUCACAAGAAGGAAAUCUUACGACCGUUCAUACAGGCCAACCGAUGGCUACACUCCCCCCUCAUCACCUCCUCUGAGGACCAGGAAUGACCGCAACGUGUUCUCGAGGCUCACUAGCAACCAAAGCCAAGGUUCUGCUCUGGACAAGUCUGAUGACAGCGACUCCUCGCUCUCCGAGGUGCUCAGGGGUGUGAUCAAUCCCAUCGGAGGUGUCAAGGGGGGUCGGACAGCACCCCUGCAGUGUACGUCUGUAGCCGAGGGCCACUCAAAGCCGGUUUUGUGUGUGGAUGCCACAGAUGAGCUGCUGUUCACUGGAUCUAAAGAUCGUACGUGUAAGAUGUGGAACCUGGUGACAGGUCAAGAGAUCGUGACGCUCAAAGGACACCCUAACAAUGUGGUCUCGGUCAAAUACUGUCCCUCCUCUGGUCUGGUCUUCUCCGUCUCUACGUCCUACAUAAAAGUGUGGGACAUACGAGAUGCGGCCAAGUGCGUCCGUACGCUCAGUUCAUCAGGACAGGUAGUGUCAGGUGAUGCGUGUGCGGGCGCCACCACCCGCACAAUAACAUUUGCACAUGGUGAGUGUCAGAUCAACCAGAUUGCACUCAACCCAUCAGGAUCUGUGUUGUACGCUGCGGCUGGAAACACUGUUCGCAUCUGGGACCUCAACAGGAUGCAAGCUAUGGGCAAGCUGACAGGCCACAUUGGUUCCGUCAUGUGUCUGACAGUGGGACAGUCUCUGCUGGGCAAAGACCAAGUCAUCACUGGCUCCAAAGACCAUUAUGUCAAGGUGUUUGAUGUGGCGGAGGGAACACUGGGUAACGUUGGCCCAGCUCAUAAUUUUGAGCCGCCACAUUACGACGGCAUCGAGUGUUUGGCAGUACAGGGAAACAUACUGUUCAGUGGGUCGAGAGACAACGGCAUCAAAAAGUGGGAUCUGGAGCAGCAGGAACUCACUCAGCAAAUCCCCAUUGCACACAAGGACUGGGUGUGCGCCCUGGCGUAUGUCCCCGGGAGGCCGCUGUUGCUCAGCGCAUGUCGGGGAGGAAUGCUGAAGGUGUGGAACGUGGACAAUUUCACUCCCAUUGGAGAAGUUAAAGGCCAUGACAGCCCCAUUAAUGCCAUAUGUACCAACUCCAAGCAGAUUUUCACUGCAUCCAGUGACUGCAGGGUGAAGUUAUGGAGCUAUGUACCUGGCUUGACCCCCUGUCUUCCUCGUCGAGUCCUAGCCAUCAAGGGCCGAGCCACCAGCCUCCCAUGAUUACCACCUUCCCUCCUCCCUCUGUGACAAGACGGUGAAGAUCUGGCUGUCAAAGGUGUGGAGGAAGAGGUGACAACCCGAGUGAUGGCAGUUUUUCGUGCGACUUCAGCUGUGCCAAGGCUAACCUUUUUUUAUUUGUCACUGUGAAAAAUGGAACAUCUCCUUGAAAGGAAUUUAAAAGUGCCAUUUUGUUGUGAUGCUACUUGGACAAGGAAGACGCAUCUGGCCGAACCAUUUCUCUCAUAACACGCUUGAUGUGGUGUUAGUGAGAAUAAGGGUGUCCUGCAUUUUCAACUGUUUUUGCGGGUGAAAAGCAGAAUGCCAUGGACCUUCUGUGUGAAAUUCAUCAGAUUCUCCAAUCAGGAUUAGUUAGUUUUCUGCGUCAUUGUCCUUCAUCAUCCAACAAUGACAUGACCUGACAGCCAGAUUUUUCUCUUUGCUUCAAAUAAUCUUUAUUAUGAUCAACAAGAAGUUUUAAAUUUUCUUUUUCCCUACCUCAGUUGUUUUGAACUUGGGUCUGGCGUGGGCGAGGACGUGUUUACGGGUCUCUUUGUACAAAAAUCUGGUGCUUGACUCACCUGGCUCAUCUUCAUCAUCUUUGUGGAUGCAUCCUCUGUUGGCUCUGUGGCUAUCAAGACUGUCUCGCUGCUGACCUUGCAAACAGGAAAGCACACAUCCAGUAGCACAAGCGAGGUGAUACUGCCCCUGGAGGAUCUCACUGGACUUCAUUAUCUUUUGCAGAAAGUACUAACGACAGCAGAAAUCCGAAACACCCCUGAAGACUUAACAGACCACAUUAAAGUCAGGUGCCGUUAUUGAGGGCAAGAUUGGUCCCAUUUGACCUCUAGUUUGUUUUUGGGUUUUUUUGCUCUGUGUAAAGGGUGGCUGAGACAAAUAAUAUAUUUGAAACAGUACAUGAAAACACCCAGUCCAACUGUCCAAUUAUUAGUCCAAACAUACCAAAUCAAAUGACUCGUAGUUCUCCCUACAAGGUUGCAUUGAAGAUUUGGACUGCAGUGGAACCGCUAAAUCAAACAAUCUACUGAGCAGCACUGGCUGAUUUAUUUUUUAUUUUUUUAUUAGCAGAUUCCAGGCCUUGUGGAAAAGCGGCCCUUAAAUUUAUUAUAUGAAUCACAAAAAGCCAGUUUUUCAUUCACUAAUAAUAAUGUUAAAAAAAAAUAGGCAUUAACUGCUGCCUUGAAAUAUGGUUGGUGUUUGUAUAUCUAUACAAUCUUCUCUGAAAAGAAAAUUAAUGGAAAAAGAAAUACCACAAUGACUUAAUUAAGACAACUCUCCUUUUUUACAUAAUGUUUUCAAUAUCUAGGAAAUAACAAUUGGUUGAUUGAAGGGGGGGGGAAGGUUAUCCAACCUUUUGAUGUGUGUGAGUGACAGGAAAAAAGCUCUGACUCAGUCACCACCAAAUAUACAGUAAGACAACUCCUUUUCAGACUUUUUUAUGGGGAAAUAAUAGCAUCUUAUACUGUAGUUGUGUCAAUAUGGUCACCUGGUCCAGGCUUAAACUGUCGCCAUUAUUGACCCUCAAUUAACAGUGCAGUUUAAUGUUAACAUUCUUAUGUUAAAAAGUUAACCACUAUUACGAAGAUGUAAAAACGAUCAAACUUACGCCUAUCAUUCAACACGUACCGGUAAGUCUUGAUGUACGUAACACCAUAACACGAGCUGUACGAAAUGUCUGGCUCUUCACGGCAUUUUUGUGUUUCUCAUGUUCUUCACUUACCGUAAAUUCCGGUGUAUAAGCCUCUACUUUUUUCUUAAACUUUGAACCCUUAUACAGGGUUAUACAGCGGUGCGGCUAAUUUAUGGCUAAAUUCUAAUCUUCUGACAUCCCCUUUACUUCAGAACUACUACUGAUCGUUUAAAUACUGUGCCACUCACGAGUCAGUGAGGAAACGUUAUCCGAUGAUGAGCGGUGUACUCACAACAAGCUUGUCAACCCACUGGAAAUCGCAGGAGGUCAUCAUGUAUACCAGUUUAACAACAUAACAGGCUGGUGUCAUCACGGUGUCAUCUUUCUGAAAACACUUUACUAACCCUAACUUCAUCAUACAGCAACUUAACACUCAAAUGGUGUCUCUGACAAAUAGACAAACAUGUCCCAAUAUGAUUUUAAAUGUAAAAAAAACCCAAACAUUUUAAAGUUUUCCCAUAAAGCAUUGCGUCUGAGCAACACAUUCAUUGGGGCACUGCAAUGACGUCACCUUCCCUCUGGGCUUUGGGCUCCGGGUCCUCUGGCUUCCUCUUGUGGACAGCGGCAGCAAUGCAGUGCCAUCCACCAUUUUCAAUGCCUUCUGUGCUCCUCCAAUGAAAUUAUUUUCUCACAUUAAACUCGUAUUGAUGCAUGUUUCUAUAUUUCUGAGGUAUAAUGUUUGAGUGAUGGCUGCGUGAUGAGUUUAAUGUUGCGUGUAGGGUGAAACCGUGAGUUAGACUGUUAUAUUGAGUAAUGCCCUCCUGCAAUUUCCAAUGGUCUGAGUUUUUUCAUAGCUCAUGAUUGGCUCCUGUCAAAUAAAGAGCUGCGUGGUCCUCACAGACUUGUGCGUGCUCCAAUAUGUCAUUUUAUGAUGUGGAUACGUUUUUGUGUUUGUGGCUUACACAAUGGUGCGGCUUAUACACCAGAAUUUACUGUUAAUAUUUUGCAAAUGUUACUCUAACUCCAUGUUGAGGCUGGUCCUUUUGGAAUAAGCCACACAAAGCCAAAGUGAAUCCUUUGAUGCUGGCUGGGCUGACGUAUUUCAUAAGAUGAGGAGCACGUAAACCAUAACAGAUAGUGUCAAUCUCAUUUGUCAUAGAAGUAAAGCAGACAGCAUGCAAUGGAACACUCUUACUGCCAUGGCUUCCGUUUGCGUGUUUGCAUUUUGUGUAAUUGGCAAUGUAGCGCCAAUUACAGUACGGUAGCAUCAACUCUCAUCAUAUGCUGGUCCAAUGCAAGUAGUCCUAUUUAAGAACGGAGGUACCAGUAUGUACAGUACUGUACUAUCUGUCUACCUCCAGCUGUUCACACUGAAGGCUCUUUUUUCAACUACUGAGGUUCUCUGAAGUCAAAUUUAAUUAGAUGCCUCACAUGUCUCCCAGUUGGUCUGCAGAAAAGAUUAUUAGGGGGAAACCAGGUCAUAACUGAGGGAUUUGAAAGCCCCGUCCACCCACACUUAUUGCUGCUCAAUUCAAAGAUUGGAGGAUAUUUCCUGUGCACCGAUAAUACGCAUCUGUUCAUGUGGCAGGUCAUGUGUGGCAACACAAGCAAGCACAAGCUACUGUUGUAAAAUUCCACUUCAUUUUGCAAUUCUGUGCCUUGAUUGGUCGGUUUAAUAGUCUCUUUUCUUGUCACUGUCCAAUAAAAAGCAUGUGCAGUCAUCCCUCCCUCCCUGGUUCAAAUUUGCAGCUUUACGUUAUCACGGAAUCAUACUGUUUCCUGGUUGACUCUGGCCUAUUAUUAGUAAAAAUAUUCAUUUUACAUUUCCUUCGCCAAAAUUAAGUAUUUCCAAGCAUAAAAAUGACAAAAUUAACAAAAAUACAAAUGUAAGGCAUUCAGAAGAUGCAUUCAAAGACUGGCCACACUGGUCACCAGGUGUUACAAUGUUACAAUGAUGAGACAAUAGCCCCCCCAGUAUGCUGUCCAGAAACAAACAAGGAACUCUCCCAAUGCUAACAUGUGAGUCUGUUAUGUCUUAUUUACGUCUAAUAUGUCUUAGUUUCUGUUAUUAUGUCUACUAUUUUGGGUAAUAUGAGAGGAAAAGUGACAAUUGGGGUGUUAUUUCACAUCUAGAGGGCUCUAAUAAUGUUAAAAACAGUAUUUGGAAGGUCAUAAACAGGUUUUAUAUGCUCUUAUUACGAAAAUAUUGGAUUUAUAAAUCAGAUUUUAGGGGAAAUUCACUUAUCACGGUUGUGUGUGGACUCAAUUAACAGCGAUAAACAAGGGAUUACUGUACAUCAAAUAAGGUUUAAACAUAAAAAUGCUUGUUAUCGGACAGUUACAAUGUGCAAUUUUUUUUUUCUUUUUACACGUACCACCCUUCUUUCAGCUGUGUGUGUUCAAAGAUGAUGGAAGGACGUCAGAUCCUUCAGGUUUUUCAGUUGCAUUCCGCUCUCCAAAAGCAAUGACGUGUUUUUACGAGAGCAAACAUGUGGGCCGAUGUGACUGACUGGGAGUGUUCUUGGUUUCUAUGUAUUUGCUAUGGUGAGAAACUCAGGUACAGGUACAGGUUGAAGGAUUAUUUUUGUUUAUAUAUAAUUUAUAUGUAAAUCUUCACCUGACCUCGUGGUUUUUAGGUCACAUAUUUCAAAUGCCUUUGUUUACUUGGAGAAAAAAACGGUACUAUCAGUGCUUCACCCUAUUCAUGCUGUUUGUACAUUUCUUUAUUUUUUCUUUUCUUUUCUGCAAAAAUGGUAAUGAUGUCUUCAAAAUCGGGCCAAAGUGUGUAAAUCUGAGGAUUUUUGUGGGGGGGGGAAGUGGUAUUGGUAUAGGAUUCUGCUUAUGAGAAUGAUUUACGGCCCGUUUCAUGUGAACUCAAGGUCAAAGUCACUCUCCACUGGACUCGCUAUUUGUGCCAAUUAGCCCAACUAUCAGUGGUUGCCACGUUAGUUCUAUGUUGUAACAGGCUAGAAAAAGGUUAGCUUAGUUUGAUCCACUGUGAGGGGCCCUCUGCUUAUACAUAUUUAUGGUACAGACUGAAUAAUUUGCACAUUUGAGAAGUUGAAGUUCUUCCCUGACUGGGGUUCAGUGCUUAACACCUGCACUGAUUUAAUAUCAAAGGAUCUCGCUGUCUUUCCAGUCAACAUAAUCUUUAAAUCUGGUCUUUAUUAUCUCCAAAGUUGUCCUCAAAAAAAAAAAGUCAGACCCAAUACUGAUUGGUGCUGUGUAAAUAGUUCCAUAACUUUUUCAAUUUUCAUGUAAAUGCACUGACUUCCAGUUAUUCUACAGCGAAAGUAUUAAGGCCACACUGACAAGAAAGCUAUGCUAUGAGAAUAAAGUAGGAAUCCAGCUUAAAUAAGUUGGAAUAGUGCAAGAAAAUAACAGUAGCAGGAAUAAAGUGUCAUUCGGUGUUUUGUUACAUCAUCGCUAUGAUGAAUUGAACGUGUCUGUUCUUAAGAAAGAACUACACAAGCUGAAAUCAACUCUCCUCAAGUAUUUAAUGGUAUCGCCUGAUGAAUGAUGAGGCAGAUCCCUCGAGAAAGACGACAGUUUCUGGUCACAGACUGUUGUGUCGAUUCAUGGGGGAAUUUUCGACAUUUUACUCUCCUGGCUUAACUUAUUGCUUGCAAAAAUCCGACUUUGCUCUUGCGAGAAAGCGCCAUUUUUCACUGAGAAAUAAAUGUUCUUAGCGACUCUUCUCGCAAAAUCACAACUUUAAUCUCACAGCAUUGCGAUUUUUACUCGAUUCUUCCAUUUUGAUGCUACUUUGGUGACUUUGUCUUUUCUCAGACUUAGCACCGUACUCUGCAAGGGAGGAUUUCCAUGCACUUUGGACGCACCAUUACUGUGAAUAAUCCACAUAUGAACGAAACGUAGUCUUAGCCUGAACAUGGACUGUGCGUCCCAAAUGCUCCACUGAACACAUCGAAGAUCACACCUUUUUCGAGCAUCCGUAGGUUUAGCAAACAGCGCUAUUUGUGAAGAUAACUGGGAAGGCGUGGAUUGCGUCUCUUGUGCCUGCCUCGUAAACGCCUCCGGUAUUGUAAAUGUUGAGAGAGCAGCAUGCAGACUUUUAUUAAUGCAAGUCCAGCUUCAUUUCCCUCGCUGUCCAGUGGCACUUUUAAUACUUCAUAACGGAAAAUAUAACAAAGAUGUGAAAAUGAUCACCAGACUAGCAGAGAAAAGGCUCUUUAGUAGAGAGCUGUUAGGAACUUUAGUGUACAGAACUACAGUGAAACCCAUUUAAAGGAAAACGGCACUUUUGGGGGGAAUGUUGCCCGUCAUCCACAAUCCUUAAAUAAGACAUGAACACACGUCUUUCUCUUCCUUGUGUGUUCUAAAGAUAUGAAAACAGGUUAAAAAAAAAAGAUACGGCUAAGAGUGCACCUAUUCGGCCUAUAAAGCCUCUGAAAAAACUCCCAAAACCCUCCAUUUACAUAAUGUGACCUGCAUAUUAGCCAAGCUACAGCAGCAUUGUUGUUAUUAUUAACAUUGUUAGGCUGAGGACCUGCGUUACUGGCGAAGUGAUAGCUCGGCACACCACACCGGCUAGCCACUAGCCGGCUAGCGACUAGCUUCAGCACACACUCACCCGAUGCGCUGCGCUCACAAUGCAUCAGGCCGCUACCGAAAGCUAACGCUGUUUUUAUUUUUGGGGUUGGAAAAGUUAACGCUAGGUGUAGCGUUCGCUUUGUCACUACGUAAUCCAUCCCGGAAACGCCACCGGUUUUGCGCAUGCACGAGACCUACGUCGCUUCCUCCUUUAGAAAACUUUUACGACAACGCUUCUGCAACGUGACGUGCUGUGGUAGUUAUUAUUUUUUAAAUGUAUCAACAUAAAUGAUCAAUAACCAUACUUUAUAUAUGUAAUAUAUUGGGGGUUAUUUUAUUAGUUCCUCUUUUUAAAAUACUUCGUUAGCAUGCGGACGUUUCUAUUGUCUUAUGACAUCCACCAAGACUGAGCUACGCAAAAACAUACGUAGCGCAGAUGUAAACGUCAUAUCUGGUUAUGUGUAAAAUAAAUAAAUAGAAUAAAACACGUCAAAUGCAGUGAUAUUUCAAUGUAAACAGUGCAAGGAUGGAUUAAUCUAGAAGGUUCAGCUAAAGUUGUUUUUCCUAAACUGAGAAAUACCAGCCGUCCAAACAUAUCUUCCUAGCAAAUGCUUUCGUGUGUAUUUUUUUUAGUGACGAAAAAAACGUAACAAAUUUCUGGAACUAAGAAAAGAGGGCUUAUAAAUUAUCCACUUGCAGCAUGGAUAUGAUAUAAGGGGGAAAAAAAAGAUAGCUUAGAUUAUACACGCCUAACGUGUGACUGCCGAAAACGUAGACGCAUUCUGCACAAGCGUAGAACCGAUUGUGUUUCCGGUACGUAUUGCGUAGUCGCACGUUUCUAUGUUGCUAUGUGAAAUCAAUGUGCCCAGGAAGGACGUUCCGGCAAUGCUUAAAAUGACCAAAGUACGGCAAAAUACUGUGAGUACUACAUGUUAUCAUGAAUGUGCCUGGUACUGCAUGGCCACAGCAUGUAUAUCAAACCUUUUUAAUAGUAGGCGGACUACAUGUGUCCCAUUACGUGCAUGUAUGACCUCCCUGGUUUUAUAUGUUUUUAUAUCGAUAGAACACACAGGAAGGAGAAAGAUGUGUGUUCAUGUCUGAUGUAAGGAUUGUGGGCAAAAUUCCCCCCAAAAAGUGCAAUUUUCCUUUAAGUCGACCUGGUCUAUGUUGCUAGCCCGUCUAAGUCAACCAACUCAUCAAGUCCUGGUCUACCAUGUGUCCGUUUAAGUCAACAUAAAUGGUCGACCCCUUUGUCGACAUAAAACUGAUGAGAAAUUGCUCCGUUGUUGUCGACUUGUGUUGUAGUAUUGUUGAUGUCGUCAUUAUCGCUGAGCAGCGACCUUCAAAGCUUCGACAUCGGACCAAAGGUCCAUCCUUCUUUCGCCGUAGCCGUUCUUUCCACAUUCGUGGUGCGUGUGCUCGGUAAAGCGGACGGCAGAUAGAACUCAGCCACUUUUAUUCGCGCUCUCACAUGAGCAACAGCAACUCCUGUCUAGUUACACAGCGUUAAAAUGUGCACACGGCGGCUUCCUGUUCAGUGCAAAGUAAGCUCAGGAUUGCUGGGCACUGAAAGAAAGGUUUGGUCAUGGUCGAAGCUGUUUUCGGUUAUGCUGAUAACUGAGUGAGCCACUCCGAGGGGCGUCGACUUAAAUGGGUUCCACUGUAUGUGGCCUCCAGCCAGCUCGAGGCUUGUUUGUGUCGCCAAACAUUUUUCUAAAAAUGUUCAUUUUUAAUGUAUCUCAUGGAGUAAAAUCUGCUUUAAAUUGAGAUAGUUUGACCAAAGCGCAAAAUGACUUGAAUAGUUAAAAAAAAAAAAAAAAAACACUUCCGGACAUACGAUGAAUCACUUGUCGGGAACUUGAAAUUCAUGACACGGCAGCUGUAACAGUUCAUUCCGCAAUGUAAUAUUCUCCCUUAGACGCUCGUAGAGUCAAACUGCAAGUCAAAAGUGAUCAGCGUGUGCGAUUAGCACGCCCCCACCCAGGCCGACCACAGUGUGUGACUGUCAGGAAGUAGCACGUCGGUCAAUAUCUCAGCUUGAGCCUUGUGCCUCAGCCUACAGGCCUUACGCAACGUAGUGUAGUAGAGUGAUCCCUUAGGAUUGGGGGGGAUCAUCCUACAUAUUGUGGUUCUGUUUUAAGUACGAGGAUGUCUCGGCUUACUCGAUCAUUACUGUCGAGUCUUUUUUCCAUCUGGGCCUCAGGCUGCUGACGACACAGGACGGCACUCGCACACAGUCAAGAGGGCUGCGUACCACUUUGCUGCUAGCCGCCGGCUCUCUAUCACACAUCUCGAGUAAUAAAACAUGUUGCCGCGUCUGUGAAGCCGAUAUAUAAUGCAACAUGAAUGCAGGGUCAAAGGUCAUUUGUGCCUUUUAUUGCACAGACUGCUCGUUCUUAAAUGAGUGUAAAUGUGUGUACAGCUGUUGUUUUUGUUGUUGUUUUUUUUACGAUGACGACAUGCAUGUGACCAAGCCAUGUACAAAAGCGUUGCGGUGUAAAUAAUGUAAGUAGAUAUUUAAUGAAGAAUACGAUGUUCCCUCAACAGAAUAAAUAAGUUGGCAAAACAUUUGUUGUACGGAAGUGAUUGAACUUACAUAUGUGCUGUACUUUGGACCGGAACAUAGCAGCUUUAGAGUCUCUGUGGUAAGGAGCGUGGCAUUUCUCUUAUUGCCAUGGCAACCCUUAGUCACUUACUACAGUGAUUUAUUACAAUGGUGGGCCAGCCUAGAUACUUUUUGUUUGCUGCUAAUCUUUUUGUGUGCAUUGUUUGCUGCAUACUAAGCCACGUUCGUUUCAAGACAUAACACAUAUAGGUUUUGUUAGCGUUUAUGCUGUUUUGUCUGUGCUAAUAGCAUUUGUCAUAACCGAAAACUGUGUAAAGACAUGUUGCAAUGUGCUCUUUGUAUUUAGUUGUUUGGUCAAAUAUAUAUUUUUUAAAGUUAA